GUUGUCCAAGAUGGCGGAAACAGCUAAGAAAGCUAAGAAGAAAAAGGGGAAGACUCUUGCCCUAACCGAGUUCUUGGCCAAGGAUGGCGAAAACGGUCCUUCUCCUGGGGCAGUAUUUUCAGCCAGAUCUACAAGCUGGGCCGACGAAAGUGAGAAUCUUAACACUGAAGUGGAUACCUCAUGGCCAGAGGAAUCUUAUGGUGGUAUUUCCACUGAAAACAGACUGCGUGCAGCCAGGGACAGAGCUGCCCUUCCCACUGCCCCAAGGGCAGCUAGGGGCCCUGAUAUAGACUCAACUAAAAUUCCUGAUGGUCCCCCAUACACAGCGUUUCUUGGAAAUCUUUCAUAUGACGUGGAUAAAGAUGACAUAUUAGAAUUCUUUGGUAACAAAAAGAUUACUGAAGUCAGACUGCCUCAGGACAAUAAUGGUCGGCUCAAAGGAUUUGGUUAUGCAGAAUUUGAGGACAAGGAAUCACUUUUAGCUGCUCUUAGUCUGAACAAUGAGCAUCUCAAGAACAGAAGAAUACGAGUUGAUGUUGCAGGACAACAGCAUCAAGAGCGUGAACGCGGUGACCGCGACCGAAGAGACGAACCUGAUCGUACCGACAGCGACUGGCGAAGCAAAGCCGAUCCUCAACCGGACCAAAACGGUUAUAACGAUAGAGAUCGAUAUAAUGAUGACAUGGGAUCGCGAGAUCGUUGGGGGCCACGAGGAUACGACAGCGGUCCUCGGGACAGAUCGGGUUACCGAGGAUACGACGAUGGCCCUCGGGACAGACCGGGUUACGGCAGGGACCGUGGGUACGAUGACGGACCGCGGGGAAGAGACUUUGGACCUCCUGACCGCCGGGGGGAUGAUCGCUUCGGAGAGCGUGACCGAGGAAAAGGAUUCGGCAGUGGAUGGGAUCACGGCGAUAGAGACAGGCAAGACGACAGAGGUUACGACCGCUCUGAUGGCGGCUACGGCCGAGACCGAAACGAUAAUCGUCGGUAUGGAGAUCGUUUUGGCGGCGAUCGAGAUCGGGGUGGUGGAUAUGGCCGAGACCGCGGAUACGACGACCGUCGAUCCGGUGAUCGCUACGGCGGAGAUCGCUUCGGCGGUGAUCGCUAUGGCGGAGAUCGCUUCGGCGGAGAUCGCUACGGUGGUGAUCGAUACGGUGGUGAUCGGGAUCGGGGUGGUGGAUAUGGCCGAGACCGUCACGAUGAUCGUCGCUACGACGAUCGUCGGUACGAUGAUCGCCGAGGUGGCGACCGUUUUGGUGAUAGAGAUCGGAGACGUGACUAUGAUGACCGUGAACGUGAGCGAAGCUCAUGGCGUGACAGUCGAGAUGCAAGAAGCGAUUUCGAUAGAGACGAGAGGGAGCCAGUUAAAGAGAGGCCAAGACUUCAACUCCAGCCGCGCACUAAACCGGUAGAAGAAACCAAAGAUGAACCCGUGUCGGGCAGCUCUGUCUUUGGCGGCGCGAAACCCGUUGACACGGCCGCUAAAGAGCGAGAGAUCGAGGAGAAACUCGCUCGCCAAAAGCUCGAAGACGAGGCGAGGCUAAAGCAGGAGAAAGAAAAACAGAAGGAGCGACGAGAACGCGAUGAGUGGCCGCGAAACCCCAGCGGUCGUGCGCGGCGAGACAGCAAUCGAUCAAGCGACGGAGAGCGGGGCCCAAAGGAACGACGGGACAGCAACCGUCGUGACAGCGCGAGGUCUAGUGACGAGGGAAUGUCUGGCAAGGAAAGCGAGACUCCACCGCGUGAAAGCCCGCGAGUGGGAGAUGGCAAAGAGUCCAAAGAUGUUCCCAAAGAGGCACCGAAAGACGCUCCUCCUCCAGCCGUGAAUGUGUGGGCUCGACGAAUGGAGCAACAGAAAGCAGCAUCGACGGCAAACGCUGACAAGACUGAGCCAAAGAGUCCCACAGAGGAACGCAGGGUGGAGAUCAAUGUGGACAGCAGCAGUAUGACAGUGACAUCUCCGACCUCUCCUACGUCCCCAGAUAGGAAGGGUGUCUUCGGCAAGCCAGCAGGUCCUAAGAAGGACUUCAGAGAGUCCAGAGAGGGAGGCGGGCCCCCCAGGGGGAGAGGAAGAGGGAUACGUCCCGACCGGGGAGACAGAAGCGAGAGGCCACAUGUGAAUGAUACAGAAAGAGGAGGUGGCAGAGGAGUCAAGAAAGAGAAGCGCGAAAGAAAACCCGCUGAGCCCAAGAAAUACGAGGAAAACCCGCAGCCGGUCUUCCACACGGCAAGUAAAUUCUCGGCGCUCUUAGCUGACGAAGACCCCUCCGAACAGGACACGGAAGAGCAGUUUGACGAGGAAAGCGAAACGUGAAGUUUCACACUUGGACAAAUAUAAAUCAAACAACAAUGAAUCACAUGGGAGUGAAGAAUUGACAAGGUUCAUUACUAGGGCGCAUGCUAAGUGAUCGAAACCGCUGGCGUUUGUUAACUAUGACCGAGUUGAUUUGGUUGUAACCGAGAACUUUGAGUGCCUCCGUGUUUCACGAAAUUGAACUUUAAUAUAUAUUUUGACGGAGUAGUCUGGGCUCAUAGGUUCCGUCCGCCUUGUCUGCCUUCCGUAGCUUUGAUGAUAUUUAAAUUUAUUUUAAAAUACGUUGGAUUGUCUUCGUACACGAUUUCUUCUCGUUCGCAGUCGUUUUUCGUCACGCAACACUUGUUUACAAAACGUUGCGUGACGUGAAGCGUGACCGCAAAUAACAAGAGGCGAAGAAACGGUUGUCAAGGUAACAUAAUUCAUAUAAGGCACUACUCAAGAAUGAGUGAAGUGUUUUUUUUCGUGCGAAAUUUUUGAUGAGUAACCAGUGAUUUACCAUUUUAUUCAGAAGCGUUUUACCCGCUAUGGUUAUGAUAAAUUUGUCAAUGUGAUGAAACAAAAAGCCUGGCUUUAAACAGGGUGAGAAGUGAAAUGAAUUGCUCAUAUUCUUGAUGGGCCAGUUACAGAAGAUAACCCAUGCACGUGAUGAGGUAAUUUUGUGAUGUCCUAUUCUGUUCAGUCUCAAUGCUGUUUAGAAGUCGUAGAGGAACUUGGGCUAACGUGAUUAACAAGAUUUUUUUAACUCUGCUCAUACCUCAUCUCACCUACUCCCCCCCGCCUCCCCUCCCUCCCUCCUCUUCAGCUUGUUUUCUCAGAAUGGUUCUAUGAUUGUAACAUUCCUUGAAUAAGUAAACAUCAAAGAUUUACUUUUGUUCUAUACUGUUUUAGGGCGGUUUUCAUUUGAAUGUCGAAAAGUAGUUGGUUUUGCGCUUACUACGCUACUAUGACGGUUGGCUUAAAAAAAACUCGCGCCACUUUUUCAUCCAAUCAGAAGUAAAUCAAAACCAAUCGUGACUCGUUCGCACACGUUUUCGCGCGUUUUCCGUCAGUUACAUUUGUUUACCUCACGUUUUGAUUGGCUCAUUGUAUCGUCUCUGUCCUUUGUGAUUGGCUAGAGUGAUUACAAGUUUUGGUUUUACGACACUCGAUUGAAAACUGCCCUAAUAGACUUCCGUUUUAUUUAAUACAAUAAUUGUUUUCCCCAGUCAGGGGUUAAAUUUACUCACAAAUGAGUGACGUGCUCUCCAUGCUGUGGAUUAAUAAACUUUUCUUGUCAUUAAUCA